UACACGAACUGCGUUCCAAACAAUGAAAGCCACAUAGUUGUUUAUGUCAUUUUCUGAAAAUGACACUUGAACAGCCUUAUCAAUUGAUUGCUUUACCAGUUUAGGUGAGCACGGUGAAGAAAAAAACAGCAUUUCCGUACGGGAUGUAAGUGAAUUGUUGGAUUAUUUUGGAUUAUGUUCAAUUGUACUGAAACCUUUGGGAAAACAGUGGUCCCAUUUAAAAGCCAUUUCGGUCUUAUUAACACCACUUGGCCAUAAAAUCAACUAUACCUUGGACGAAAUUAGGCGAAGGAAGGGAGAACAAGCAUUACCCAGAAAUCCAUUGACCACUUUUGAAAUUUUGAAGGUCCAAUACAACUGAGGAGCGCAUUGUUCAAUAUGGUGUUAAUACAGGAGAUAAUCAACACAUCAGAUGACGCCGAGCAUGCCAAACAUCUGCUGGAGCCUUACAAACGCUCUGAAACAAAACAUUAUAAAAUUGACAAAAGUGAAACAAAGUGGAUACAAUGGAAGGACAUAUUUAUCAUAGAAUGUGGCCUUUGUGACGAAACGGUUUAUGUAUCACUUGUAGUAAAAUUGAAUCGACAGGUGCACCUUUUUCUUGGGGAGAGUUUGUCUAGGUGCAUAAUCACAAGCUUAGUUCUCAUUGCAGUGCUUCAUUCAAACCCAAUGAUGUGGAGAACAUCAACUAUAAUGAUACGCCUACCUUAUUGUUUGGUGUACCUGCGAUUAUUUAAAUACAAUUCCUGUCAACAACUCAUUUCCGGGGGAUGUAACCAUGUAAAAGACACACCGGAGUUAAAACUUCACCUUGAGCAUCAAACACAAGUCGUUUCUAAAUUUUCGCUGAAAUGGCCUUAUGACAAAUUGUGUGAUGUACUCGAAUUGUAUCAACAGAAGCACAUUAAUAUAAUAGAAUGGCUAUAUAAGCGUUUUCCUUUUGCUGGAAGUUUGCCGAUCACCAAAAGUGCCUGUGCUCUUCUUAGCAUAACUGGUGGUUAUCUUGCGAGAAAUACGUAUGAUGGCGGUUAUAAACCUUUCGAGGCGGAUCACACCAUUACAAAGAUAGUUUGGGAAGUACCCAGUAAACGCUUUCCAACAUUUGGGUACACUUUUGUAGAUAUUUGCGAAUUAGUGGCCUCUAUCCGAGGACAUUAUAUCAUUCUUGGUUUGUCCACUGAUACUCUGGAAAGUUUAUGCAGUAAUAUAGACGUCAUGGCAAACAAUGUGAAAGUGGUUUUCUUGUUGACAACAACAAAGCAGGAAUGUCGCAUUUUAGAAACUAUUGUAAGACUUUUUGAAUCGGAAAACAUUAUCCAAACGUCAAACGAACAUACAUCGUUGAAGAACUUAAAGGAAGAAAACAAAAUGGAUCCGUUUUUUAUUAUAUCGACAUGCAACACCGAUAUUAUACAUUAUUUCCGACAGGACGAAAUACUUUCCCGUAUUAUUUUCUUAUCCGAUCACGGUCUCCAAGAGAAGUAUGCGAGGAACCAAGUUACGCUACAACACACAACCUUGGCAAACUUUCUCGACAAAGUUGACGAUUUGUUGGAAAGUUAUUUCUUACGCAUGUUCGCCCAAAUAAUUAAACACUACAUACAUGACUGUGAAGAUGAUGAACAAACCACGGAGACUGUUAGAUUUGCAAAUGCAAUAUACCAAAGAAGUGGAUUACCGGAGGACGAACGCCCCAAUUUUAACAUCGGGAAAAUCUCUCUGCACUCAAAGAAGGUUCCUAUGAAAAUAAAACACGAAAUUGUAGAAAUUGAUCAGGUCCUUGGUUGUGGUGAGGAAGGGGGGGUGUUAACUAUCGAUAUCAACAAGAAGGGCUGUAAUAGAGAUGAGGCAAAACGAAUGGUCACAGAAGUAUUGAAAAGGCACGGGAUAGAAAAAUACCAUAUUUAUUUUUCCGAAAUCGAGACGCACGCAAAAGUAGAAAUUAAGUCUGGUGAAGCUUGCAAUAUGAAUGACCGGUAUGGCACACUCGGACCAUUUAUGAUAGAAGACCUAGAAGAUCAGCAGCAGGGAAGACGAGCGGCCUUAUCUGUAGUUUGCGCUGGUCAUGUUGUUGAAAAAGAUAACAACGCGUUCUUACAGGCACAAAAUAAAAAUAUAGGGAAGGUUUCAUGUAAAUAUGAUGGGACAGGAAUGGAUAUUGCAAAAGUAAGAGUCGAGGAAGACAUGUUAACAUUUAUUGAUGUCCGUUUUUGCAACGAAGCUGGUGAAAAAAUGAUUGUUAAACUGAAUGACAAGGAUUCAUCAGAUUCUUUAUUAGGGCGUCGUGUGUUUUUACGAGGUGCUUCUACUCAAUUAGGGCUCGGAAUAAUAUCUUCCAGUGAAUACAUUUCAAGAGAUAAAUGUAGAAUUUUGAAAAUAAGGAAGAGGGAAAAUGACUCUAGUUAUGCGGAAAAUGGAGACAGUGGUGCCACAGUUUUAUCUUUAGAAAGAAAAGGAAAGCAUUUAGAGGCAUUUGGGAUUCACCUAUCACAGUUAUGUAGAGAUGGUUCUAUAGAAGCUUAUCAGGCUCUUUACUUAAAGGACGGUUUAAACUAUAUUAUGUCUCGUGACGCCGGUCUGCCUCUUCGAUUGGCUAGUUCGUGUGAAGUGGAGCCACACAUUCACUUCGAAAAGGUUACAGUUGCCGUUGUCGAAAUAACGAGAAAGUACAUUCGUGGUGUCCAGGCAACUGAUGCUCAUAUCACAGAAAACAUUUGCUCCAAUGUUAAGGAACUAGAACUUCUUUCUGACAACUUGAAACCUGGUGAAAUCGUUGACCAAACUCUUGCGUUUAUUCAACCUAUAUGGGGUGAUGGACUACAUUCACUGGUUGUUAUUGUUACAGAUGUGAUAGAUAAAGCGACACCUCUGCGAAUGAAUGCUUCUGAAUGUUUAAGAAUGACACAACGUGAAGCUAUUGAAUACUCAUGUACAAUCACCGACAAACAAAUACACGUUCUGUUGAAUGUAGAUGACAGCAAAAUCUACUAUUUCACAUCGUCUUCGAGCCAACAAUUACCCAAAAAUGACACCUUUGAUAUCAACAACAUCAUCCAAAGCAACUGUUUGGAAAAACUCAAGAAGAGAUAUAAAUUUGAAGAGAAUGACCAGGAAGAUAAUGAAAAGAAAAAUGUUGUAGAACAGUUUAAAAAAAAACUGACAACAUUUGAUGGAGAUACGGACAUUCAUAUUUCUGUGCUGGAUCCUUGUAAUGUAAAUGUAGAGAACGAUAAUAAAAUAAUAAUCACUAAAGGUGUGGUCAUUGACAUUCUUAAAACGGUUUGCAAAGAAAUUGAAGACAAAGUGCUAGCUGCGUUUACAACACACGGGCUAACUGGAAAUGCUGUCGUUCAUGUGUAUGGUGUUUUAACAAACUGUCCAAAACUGCAAAAAAUGCUGCCGGAUACUUUCGGACAAAAAAUUACUAAAUGCAUGUGCGUCAUGGAACUGCCGAAACAAGUUCUACAUAAGGCCGCCAGUAAACGGCUAAAAUGCAAUUGCGCUUUGGGUAUUCAAGGAAUGCCGAAACCAUUAUGUUAUAGGCCAUGGAAGUAAUUAGACUCUCCAUGAAAAAUUGUAUUACUGGUGUAUUUAUGUUUUCAAACAGGUGAACAAACAUAUGUGUUAAAAUCUAGUUAAAUGCUAAAGUGAUUUAAUAAUCGUUUUAUCGAAAUAAAUACUUAA